UCCCUCCAAACCAACGGUCGUCAUCUCAUCGUCCAUUAUUCAUUUCCUUCCCGUUUGUUAUUCUUUUUCUACCUUUUGUGCUACUGUUUCCACAAAUUAUUUUUAAUAUCAUAUAAACUUGAAUAGGGGCUAGUGAAAAUCGAAAAUGUCUAAACAGCGAAAAACGCAGGAGCUAGUAGAGAAGCACAUGAAAACCAUCACAAUCCCUCCAAUACCAGGUCUGGAGAACAGUACCAAGGAAUUGGUAACGAAGAUGAUCGAUCAUCCUGCUUUCAACAAUCCAAACUAUAAGUGGAGCCUGGAUGACUUUGAAUUAGGAAAACGCCUGGGAAGGGGUAAAUUUGGCAGAGUAUUUUUGGCGCGUGACAGGCGCAGUGGAUUUGUAGUGGCCUUAAAAACACUAUUGAAAAAGGAAAUUGUGCUGGGACGCGUCGAAAGACAAGUACUGAGGGAAAUUGAAAUCCAGAGCCACUUGAAACAUCCCAACAUACUCCAGCUACUAUGCUGGUUCCACGAUUCUCACAGAAUUUACUUGGUCUUGGAAUAUGCUGGAAAAGGAGAGUUAUACAACCAUUUGAAAAAUGCUACCAAUAGUAGAUUUGAUAAUCUCGUAUCUGCAAAAUAUGUUUAUCAAGUUGCUGAUGCUCUGGAUUAUUGCCAUCAAAACCAGGUUAUUCAUAGAGAUAUCAAACCUGAAAACUUGCUUCUGACUAUUAAUGAUGAUGUUAAGUUGGCCGAUUUCGGUUGGUCUGUUCACUCUCCUUCAAUGAAAAGAAACACUAUGUGUGGUACUUUGGAUUACUUACCACCAGAAAUGGUUGACAGCAAAGAUUAUAGACAUCAAGUUGAUAAUUGGUGUUUGGGAAUUUUAUGCUAUGAAUUUUUGCAUGGUUACCCUCCGUUUGAAGCCAAUGAGGCAGAGGAAACUUAUAAACGAAUUAGAAUGAGAGAUUUGCAUUUUGGUGAACACAUUAGUGACAAUGCCAAAGAUUUUAUUUCGAACUUGGUCGUCAUUAAAGGUGACAAAAGGAUGUCUUUGAAAGAGGCUAUGAAGCAUCCAUGGAUCAUGGAGAACUAUGUUAACCGUAAAAAAGGUAAAAAAUAAGGCCACCCUUUAAAUCGGAGUCAAUUGGAUAUUUUUUAAUUUUUGAUUUUCCAAAACGACUCUGACUUAUAACUUUUUCGUUGAAUAGGUUUAAGUUUUUAGUUUGUAGUUUUUUCAUAUUACUUUUCCUAUGGCAGAAAAAAUAAGCCUCACUACAAAUAAUCAUAGUAAAUUAGAUUGAUUUAAAAUGUUUUCCAAACAUCUAAUUUUCUCUGAUUAUUUUGUAAUUUUAGAAUAUAACUUUUAUUUAGUUUGAAUUUUGUAUGUAUUUUGUUACUUUUGCAGUUAUGUUUUUGAAAUUGGAAUUUUCUAUUUAUUUUGUUAUUAUUUGAGAAUUUUUGAUUUUCCAAGUGGCUUUGACUUAUUAUAACAUGUUUUGCCGAAUAGAUUUAAAUUAGUCUUAGGUUUGUAUUCUUUUAUAUUACUGUUCCUAUGGCAGAAAAAUGAAGCCACACUACAAAUAAUUAUAGUCGACUAGAUUCAUAAAUGGUUUUCAAAAAUCUAAUUUUCUCCGAUUAAUUCGUGUUUUUUUUUUUAUUAGAAUGUGUUUAUUUUUUUACUUUGAAUUUUCUAUGUAUUUUGUGUGUUACUGUUACGACUAUGAAUGUAGGUACUCUACAUAUUUUAGAAUUUAUUUUUUUUACAAACAGUGAUAAAUAAAAUUAUAUAUUUGUGCAA